UCUCCAUUGUAGGAGAGUGAGGAAAGAAAAAAUUGACAAUUUUUUUUUUUUUAUAAUUUUGUCUUGUAGCAAUGGAAGUGUUCAGCUUUGAUUAAAUAAAUCAGAGCCCAAGUGUCACUUGUGCUGCUUUGUGGCCGUUUCAUUGCAAUUAUACACAGACAAAAUAGCCCAACAAAAGAAAAUUUUAUAGUCAAGAGAAGCUGUGAAGGUGCAAGAACAACUACAGCUUCUUCUUCUUCUUCUCUCUGGUUCUUGUAAGUUUUUAGAGUUCAGUUUCAAUCCAAGAGUUGAGCUCAACAACAAUGUCUUCUGAUCUUUAUUUCUGUGAUGGUUCUUUCUACCACCAUUCAAGCCCAGAAAUGGUGUUUUCUGAUGGUGAUCUCUUCUUCCCUGACCCUUUCUCUCCUUUCUGUGAUUCUUCAACUGAUAUCUUCCAAGAAGUUUAUAACAAUCAAAACCCACUUCAUAAUUCCAACUCUUUAGAGAAUUUUAGCCCAAAUAUGCUAUCAUCUUCCCCUCCAAGUCAGAAACUUGAGAAUUUGUCUCUUCAUGCUGGAACCCAUUUGCAGAAAUUUGCAGAUGGUUCAAAUUUGGGAAAUGGGUAUGGUAAUUUCUCUGGCAUGGAUGCUUUAGGAGUGAAAACUGAGGAUUCUCAAAUGGGUUUUGAUUCCUCUUACAAUCACCAGCUAUUUAUGCCUCAUAGUUACAAUGGUGCGGAGAAUGUGGCAAAGAUGAUGCAAAGAAGCUAUAGCAGCAAUUCUUUUGAAGGCAAACCAGAUUUUCUCUUUCAACCUGGCUUUGACACUCUCAUGGAGUCCCCUAAUUAUCAAAACCAAGCCUUAAGCUCGCCGGAAAACAACUUUCUCGCCGGCCAACUGAGGAGGGUUUGCAGCACCGGAGACUUACAAAAUACUAGAACAGCAAAUGCAACACAGAGAUUCUUUUCAAGCCCUUUGGCAACUGAAGGCUCAUUUAUGGAAGAAGCAAAUUUCAAAGUUGGUCGUUACAGUGCUGAAGAAAGAAAAGAUAGAAUUUCCAAGUACAGAGCCAAACGUAGCCAGAGAAAUUUCACCAAAACCAUUAAGUAUGCAUGCCGAAAAACACUAGCAGACAACAGGCCUCGAGUACGUGGCAGGUUCGCACGCAACGAUGAAAGCGGUGAGAUUCCCAAAGGUGCAUGUUCUUCCAGACAUGAAGACGCAGAUGAGCUAUGGUUCAAUGGGAUUCAUGUAGAGGAAGAUGAUGGAGGAAUCAUAGCAGGAGGCGGAGGAGAUUUCAUUGACAGUUUUUGCCAAGCUCAGUUUCAAUAUUACAGUAAAGUUGGUGAAAAUUUUCCAGGAGAUAAUUGUUAAAAAGAUAGUUUUAUGUAUAGCACCAGAAGGAAUGUUGAGCAAAGAAAAAUCCCUUUUAAAACAAGCAAUUAAAAGAAAUUUAGAAAUAAAUGAUCAAACUAUUUAUGCUAAAAUCUGCAGUUGGUAGUUGUAGUUUAGUUUUAGCAGUUGAUUUCUCGUAGUUUUUUUUUUUUUUUUUUUUUUUCCUUCGGCUGUUCAGUGUAAUCAUUUCUCAAUUUACCUGUGAAUAUAUAUUGCAACUCAAGAAUGAGUUACUACAAGGCAAAUUUUUUUUUACUCUGAACAAGAUCUAGUGGCUAUUUGAAAAUAAUAUCUCCAGGGCUGAUCUGGUGGAGUUUAUUUAUAUUUUAGUCUUCAAAUUAAG